AUGCAAUUCAUAAACGAUGACAUUACACCUGAAGUCAUGACGGGAAAUCUGCAUGACAGUGAUUCGGAAUCUCUCAACGAGUCUUGUCAAACUGAGCAAUCUAACAUUGCUGACGUGAUGAGUCCAGGUACGUCAACCUGCAGCAGUCGCACAAACGCGUCAAAGCGUAACAAAACGGCAUCUGAUUAUAAAGAUGAACUUUUAGAAUGUGAAAGAAAAAAAAUGAUGCUAAUUGAACAAAAAAUGGUAUCAAAUAGUGACCAGACGGAGAAAUGUGAUGAUUAUCACUUUUUUAUAAGUCUCCUGCCACAAAUGAAAAAAUUUAAUGAAUUACAAAAGUUAUGCAUUCGAAAUAAAAUUACCCAAAUUAUAAUAGACGAGGCAGAAAGGAUGCAGUUUUCUCAUCCGAGAUACGAGGAAAAUUAUGGAGGGUAUUCUACUGGCAACUAA